AUGGCCCCAGACUACAGGCUGACUAUAGAUCUUCCUUCCCCCGAGGCACGGACCCCGGUGCCGGUGCCACUCACUCCAGCCACCCAGAGUGCAGCUGGGAGCCUGCGGCGUCUUCGCCGAAUCCGUGCGCGCGCCGCCGCUUCAAACAUUCCGAAAUACCGCGAGACCCGGAAACACCGCUACCGGAAGCGGAAGCUUUUUGGGGCCUGCGGCGAACCGAGGGUAGCCAUGGCAGCGGUGGGGCUGCUAUCGUUGCUGGCGCAGAAAACGGGCCCCGUCAUGGCGCGGGGAGCGGUUAGUGCAGGGCUGUCUGCCCCUCAGGUCAUGGCUGCCACUGUUAGAUACGCAUCCAAGAAGACUGGAGGUAGCUCAAAAAACCUUGGCGGGAAGUCGCCAGGCAAACACUAUGGCAUCAAGAAAUUGGAGGGUCAAUAUGUUCAUGCUGGCAACAUCAUUGGGACUCAGCGCCAAUUCCGCUGGCAUCCAGGAGCUCAUGUAGGACUGGGUAAGAACAAAUGUCUAUAUGCCCUGGAAGAGGGCAUUGUCCGCUACACAAAGGAGGCAUAUGUGCCCAAUCCCAGCAGUCCUGAAGGUGUAGACUUGGUCACCCAGCUUCCCAAGGGUGCUGUGCUCUACAAGACUUUUGUCCAUGUUGUCCCUGCCAAGCCUGUGGGCACCUUCAAAUUGGUGGCUAUGUUCUGAUCCUUCUGGCCAUGUCAUUGGUUGAAAACUAGAGCUGGAAUGCCAGAAGAUUGAGCCAGAUGCCAAGGAAUCAGGGUGGGAGCAAGUCUCCCUGAGAGAGUGGGUUUGGUUGACUGUGAACACAGAAGAGACUAUGUGAAGCAACCACCCAAGGAGUAAUGAGGUGGACAAACCUGAGGUCCAAAAUAAAAUUAGCUCAAACCGUGA